AUGCCUCCAGCUUUCACCGAAUUACCUUUAGUAUACCCACAGAUAAAGCCAUAUAUCCUCAAGAAAGAGCUCGCUACCAUCGCGGAAGACAGGAUCCAGACUGUCAGCGACCAGUACGAAACCCUGAUCGGCGGAGGCCAACACAAGCGUGACCACGCAAUGAGCAUUGCUCGCAUCUUGGCCGUACACUACGGGUAUCUGCCUGAUGGCUUCGCCAAGGAGGUUCUCGGCGUCAUCACUGCAGACCUCACCAGCGUGAUCACCCUCGAGUUCAUCCAAGAUGUUCACUGCGAAUACUCCACAGACCCAGUGCUACACGGAUCUUUCGAACUUCCGCUCGACAGGCCCAGCAUGAACACAUCUAUUCGAGAUCUUGUAAAGCUCGUGGACGAACCAGCGGAUACUUGGCACUGGAAAAAGGUUCCGGUAACAACAGCCACAAGGAUGCAUGCCGCGCCUGCAAAUGUGCACGAGAACGUUAACAACAAGAAGAGACGAGUCAUCCGGGAUGUCCAACUGGCCUUAUUAGAAUGA